AUAAAAUCAAAAUCCGACGAAAUUUUUUUGUAAAUUAAUGUAACUGUAAAGUUAAUAAUGGCGGCGAUUAAUAAUUUGAAAAAUCAUUUAAUUAUCUUAAUCUUAAUGAUGUUAUUUGUGAUUAUCACUAAAGCACAAUACGAUGACGUCAGGUGCAAGUGUGUCUGCCUGCCGAAACACCCACUCGAUAAUUCAACGAACACCACCAGAAAAAUAUUUGUGAAAUCAUUUCAUGAACCAUCAUUUUGCAAAUGUGAAAACGUGGUACCAGAAAAAUUGCAAAGCGACAAUUUUUGUGUCAAAUGUGACUGCCAGUGGCAAAGAAGGAACACUGCAACAAUCAAAGUAGUGGUCAUAUUCAUAGUGUGUGUCGUGUCACUGCUUGUGAUGUACAUGAUAUUCCUACUCUGCCUGGAUCCAUUGCUGAACAAACAGAUGCGAGCCAACUAUGAACAACAGGAGGACACUAUUUCAACCUCUGACGCGAUCAACUCUCGACUGAGCCAGGUCUUCAGCCAAUCAGACAAAGGGUCAUCAUCAAGGUCGACCUCGAGGCAACGACCCGGAGUUAUAACGAGGGUGAAGGAGGAGAUGAAGAAGGUUCAAGGUGAACAGGAACGCUGGAAGGAUACGGUGGAUGAGCAAAGACAACAUAUUUACGUUAAACAUACAAUGCUGAAUUGAGAUUUAAGAGUUGGCUGUUUUGAUUUUUGUUUGUUUGCUCUGUUUGUUUGUUUGUAUGUGUGUAUGUGUGUUUGUUUGUUGGUUCAUUUGUUUUCUGUUCUAUUUCACGGUUUUAAUUUGUUUAUAGAAAAAAUUAUUAUUGGAGAUUAUGUUAUAUAAUAAACAGUUAUUUAAUUUCGUUUCAAAUGUGUUUUCCUUAUAUUUUUUGGUAGUUUAGUCUCGAAGUAGUUGUGUGUUUAAUCAGUUAGUUGGUUGAUUGAUUGAUUAAUUAAUUAACUAAUUUGUUUAUUUAAUUAUUCAUUGGUGAUAAAUUUAUUUAGCCAUUAUUGAUUUUUAAUCAUUGAUCCAUUUUUUUUGUUCAUCUGUUUGAGUGCCUUCUUAAGUCUUUUCAACGAAUUCUAUCUUAUGAGGACAACAAAACUUAAUUUUUGUCAACAUUAAGUCGUAACAAAACCGAAUUUAAUAUACAAUAAUAAUAAUUUGUUGAAAAUA